AUGAACGUCUCCUUCCUUCUCCUCCUUGCCGCUCUGGUUGGCAUCAAUCUCGUCCGUGCAGCUCCCGGUCUGCCUGUCGGCGGCAUUGAUGACGCAGAGAGCGUGCUUCGCGCAGUCACGGCUGCUUCUGAACGCGAUCGCGACUUCAUGUCCGACCUAGCUGCCAGGCUCGCUCGCGUCCAUGUGCGCACCGAGACACCUCCCCCGCACCGGGCCGACUUCGGUUUGCCUCCUCCUCGAGACGGGGUGACUGCUCCACCUAGCUCGCCUCGUCGUCCUGCGCCCGAUGUUUUGGCAGAAAGGAAGCGCAUUCGUGAGCACACCGGGGCCGAGAGCUCGGCUCCUCCUCCUCAACGACGACCUUGA